AUGUUGGAUACAGCCAGCAAUGGAAACUUCCUUAAUCAAGAUGUAGAUGAUGGCUGGCAGCUUGUAAAAAACAUUGCAAACUCCAAUGGAAGUUAUGGAGAAGAGUAUGAUCGCACCAACCGGAGCUCGACCCACCACUCGAUCGAGUCAGACGAGAAAUUGAGAAAAGAGGUCAAAUCGUUGAAUGAGAAGUUGGAUAAGCUUAUCUUAGCUCAGUCCACAAUGAAGAAAGUCAAUUUUGUGUCUGCUGAAGAGAUGGAACCUGUUCAAGAAGGGGAGGAUACACAAUAUGCUGAAGUGUGUUACAUGAGCAAUGGGCAAGGAGGUUACAACAAAGGAUAUUACAAUUACAAGGCCAACCCAUCUAUGUCAUACAGAAACACUGACGUUGCCAACCCACAGGAUCAGGUCUACCCUCAACAGUAG